AUCUAUAAGAAGCAGUGGAAGUGCCGUGAAACCAAAUCCACAGCCCGCGACAAUCACUUCCAAGCAUAGCAACAGCAACUUGACACUAAACGCAGAUAUGCACGCAUCCACUCUCCUCCUCGGCGCUGCCGCCCUCCUUGUCGAGAAUGUAUCCGCCCACGGUUUCGUCAAGGCCGUCAACAUCAAGGGCGUCUCAACCAAGGGCUCCGAUCCCGUCUGGUUCUACCAAGGAAACAACCGCGUCGCAACCGCUGGCUGGGACUCUCUGAACCAGGAUCUCGGCUUCGUCGAGCCCAACAGGGCCUCAUCCGCUGACGUCAACUGCCACAAGAGCGCUACACCAGGCAAGCUGUACGCCAACGCUAACCCGGGCGAUACCAUCGAAUUCGAGUGGAACACUUGGCCAGACAGCCACAGGGGUCCCAUCAUCCACUACAUUGCUCCUUGCAACGGUGAAUGCUCAAGCAUGUCCCCCGGCGACCUCCGCUGGUCCAAGUUCGCCCAGGAGGCUAUCGUCAGCCCCAACGUCUGGGUCACUGACAACCUCAUCAAAAACGGCUUCAAGGCUUCUGUUAAGCUGCCGUCUAAGCUUGCUGCUGGCAACUAUGUUGUUCGCCACGAGAUUAUUGCCCUGCACGGCGGAUCGAGCCCUAACGGUGCUCAGCUGUACCCUCAGUGCAUCAACGUCAAGGUUGGAGGCAGUGGCACUGUUAGGCCCUCUAACGGUGUCCCAGGUACCAGCCUGUACACCCCCACCACCCCUGGUAUCUUGUUCAACAUCUACACUAACCCUACUUCUUACCCCUUCCCUGGCCCUGCUCUGUGGACUGCUGCCAACUAGAUGGGUCAAUGUGGGUUUGAGAUGAGAUGAGGGAGGUUCUCGAGAUGGCCAAGGUUCUCGCCUGUUGGAAUAGGCUGCUCUUCUACUCUGUAUAUACUUCACUCUUUCUUGAGGGGUUCAUGGUCACGUUGGACAUGUCCCCAAUGUAAAUGGAUGCUAUUACGACAUGACCUUGUCUACUUUGUAGUAGACAGGUCGCAUUAUAUACAUGACUUGCAAAUCAUCUUUGUUGGAAUUACUGAUCGGUAAUUCUGCUGUGCAUCGUCAAU